GGAUUGGCAUGCCAGUCGUCACUCCAUUGUGCCUCGCUGCACGGUCAAAGCUCGGCUACCUAGUUCGUGGGAUGUCGACCACGUCUGCCGCCGCAACCAAGCUGAUUCGAUUCCUCGAUGCGUACGGGAACGAGCGUAUUGGCCAAGCCCCGGCCCCAGGCACGUACCAGUCGCAGCUCAUCACGGGCAAGGACGUGUUUGGGUCCAAAGCGCUGACGUCCCAGUUUGCCGAGGUCCGACGCGUGCUCGCGCCGUUCGUGCCAACUCAGAUCAUCGGUAUUGGUCUGAACUACCGCAACCAUGCCAAGGAAACCAACAUGCCGAUUCCAAACUACCCUGUCGUGUUUUACAAGAACAUCAAUUCGGUGGCCGACCCUGAAACCUCGAUUGUCCUCCCCAGGCGCGAAGGCUCCCAUGUCGACUACGAAUGCGAGCUCGCGGUCGUGCUGAAAGCUCCGUGCAAGGAUGUGUCCGUGCAGGACGCGCUCAAAUUCGUCGCGGGCUACACGUGCGCCAACGACGUUUCUGCGCGUCGGUGGCAAGGCAACGCGAUGGGAGGAGGACAGUGGUGUCGCGCCAAGUCGUUCGAUACGUUCUGUCCGCUCGGGCCGGUGCUCGUGACCCCUGAAGGCAUCCCCGAUCCGCAGAACCUCACGAUUGAAACCAUCCUCAACGACGUCGUCGUCCAGCGCUCCAACACAAAAGACAUGGUAUUUUCCGUGGCCGAGCUCAUCAGCCAGCUGUCUCAAGACACGACGCUUCCGGCCGGGACGGUCAUCCUGACCGGCACCCCCGAAGGCGUGGGGUUUACGCGAAAACCUCCGCUCUACCUCAAGCCCGGCGACAAGGUCGAAAUCCGCAUCCAGCACAUCGGGUCGCUCUUGAACUACGUGAUUGGGGCGUCGUCGCUCUAAGAGCUGUAACUUGCUCCGUUUUCACAUCCUC